ACCUAUUUCCACGUUUUUAGUCGUAUAUAAUGAAAUUCUGGUAAUAAAAUGCCAAAUUACUGAGUUUUAUUAUAAAAUCGUCUAUUUGCCAAUUCAUGUUGACAGUGCAGUUGAAAACUAACCAACAAUGCCAAGGUCGCCGAAGAAUGAUCCAAGAUACAAUGAUGCAUGGAAUUAUGGUGCGGAAAAUGCCGAAAAAUGUGCACCUGGUGCAUUAAACGAUAGACAACAGACACCAAUUACGUCGAGUCCCAGUGCUAUGAACGAUAACAGUGUAUAUGUGAAUGCAAAUUAUAACAGUGAUAUUUAUGGUAACAAGCAUUCAUAUAAUGUUCUACCAGGUGACCCCGGUACAAAUAAAGACGAAAAGAUCGGGUUUAAUAACAUGCAAAAUCUUCCGCACGUUAAUCGACAAAAUUAUAGUAAUGCCACACUCAACUGGGGCGAUGGCCAAUCACUAAAGGUCUAUGUGCAUUACGAUGAAAACGGCCAACCGCUGAUCAUGCCCUUGUCGCAGUAUGAGUUGUACAACCACAACCAAGGUCUACGUGAAGUGCCAAUACAGUCGCAAGCAACUCAAAUGUUUGCUACAAAUCAGGAUUACUCUACAAACAACAAUAUACAUGUACCUCCAAAUGUGCAGAACAGUUUUUGCCCUGAUAGUGGAAAUGAAACAACACCCAAUUUCUUAAAAGAUUUUCUGGGUAACCUUGAACCAAACUCCACUGGGACAUACUCUCCGUUUGGUCAAAACUAUCCACUAAACCAUCCUGAUGCACCCACUUUAAAUAUGAUGCCAAAUCCCAUCAUUGAUACUAAGGCUCAGGCUAUAAAAACUGACAACUCUCCUAAAAGGAAUGAGAAUAGCCCUUUAGCUGAUACAAGUAAUAAAAAACGGAUUGUGGCUGAAGUGAAACCAAUGCGUCCCACAUAUUCUGAUGUGUUGGCUAAAAAUACAAAAAACAGCUCCCAGUUGGAGGCUGCUACUAAAGUAAAACCUCAAAACACAGAAACUAAGACUAACAAGUCUAACUCAAAGCCAGAUAAGCCUACUGCUAAUCUAAAGCAUAAUGAUGAUAACAAACAUAAAAAUGAUAAAAAGCAACAAAGCACUAUAUCAUCGGGUAGUGAGUCUGGUGAUAUCAAUACUGAUGAUACAGAAAAACAAAAACCGAGCAAGAAAUCUAAAAAUAAGAGAGGCAAUAUGACUCGUAAAUGGUCGUCUCUGGAUGAUAUAACUAACGAAGAAGAUGGGACUUAUGAACAUGGUAAUGAAAGCCAAUUUGUGUUCAUAGAAAACCAAGAAAAACCUAAAAGGGAGAAGAAACUGGAUAAUAAGGUAAAGGCAAAUAAAAAUGCUGUUCUUGAGGAUGAAUUCAAGCUUGACGAGGAUGAUGAUUCACAAUUCAUUCUACAAGAAAAUCCAAAUGAAAUCUCAAAAUUGAAAAAGAAGAAAGACAAUCGUAAUUACCAUAAAUCUACUAAACCAGUACAGGACAAAAAGAAAGUGAGUCAAACUAAAGUUAGAAGAAACAAACCGGGCUAUCUAGGAUUGGCUCAGAAUUAUUUUGAGCACUGGAGCAGUGUGACCUGGAAGGCACUGGUGUGGUUUGCAUAUCUACUAUCGGAUAUAUGUCGUAUGAGUUUUCACCUUUCUUUUGACUUAUGCACAUCUGUGUUCACACAGACCUAUGUAAGUUCCCAAGCGGUCUGGCGUAGCAGCAAAGAUUGGUUGUCCAAGAUGAAAGACAACAAAUAUUUGAUGUACAUUGACAGAAAGUUUGGACAUACGAGAUUUGCGUUUUGGAGGAGACUUAAGUGGUUUAAAAAUGAAGCAGAUUCAGAGUCAUCUAAUGGUUCAACGAAGUUAAAUACAAACAUCCCACUGCCUGCAACUGGUGAUGAGGCUAUGAAGAGAUUGUUAGCAUGCAAAGGAAAAGAUCCAUAUAGUAUUCUGGGCGUAAGCGUGACCUGUACAGACGAAGAGAUAAAGCGUUACUACAGACGGCAAGCAUUCCUCGUGCACCCCGAUAAGAACCAACAGCCCGGCGCUGAAGAGGCGUUCAAAAUACUGCAGCAUGCAUUUGAACUUAUUGGAGAGCCUGAGCGUCGCGAGGCGUAUGAAAGACGUGCGCUAGAAUCGCGGCACGUGGAGGCAGCUUGGAGCGAGUUCAGCCACCUACUGGCUCAGCUUCACGAUAAAAUGGAAUUCGCCGCCAACACCAUCAGGUGCACGAACUGCGGGCGUCGCCACAAACGUGUUCUUACUGAGAGGCCGUGCUACGCCGCCCGCUACUGCGCCACCUGUCGCAUACGACACUCCGCGAAAGAGGGUGACAUAUGGGCAGAGUCGAGCAUGAUCGGCCUGCUGGUGAUGUACUACGCGUGUAUGGACGGCGCCGUCUACCAAAUCACGCAGUGGGCCAGCUGCCAGAAGAAGAAUCUGAAACAACUGCGGCCUGACUGCCACGUGGUGCAGUACCGCAUCGUGCUCGGUAACAAGGCAGCCGCAGCCUCAGAGCUUAACCAGCGACCUUCCACCGGCCACGACCCGAAUCUGGAAGAAUUCUUGAACAACCUGUACAGUAAGUCGGGCGCGUCGCCAGCAAACAACAGCAAGCCGCCUGAGUGUGAUGCCAAGAAGAGGCGCAAUAAGAAAGCUAAAGUGUAAUCCAUCCUGUAGUACUCCUGCCCAUAGCUGAUCGAUGCCGAUGAACCUUGACCCCAGUUUACUCAAGUAUUGUAUUUUAAUAUUUCAUUUACUUUUCACAACAUAUUCGCUGUGCAAAUCACACUUACAAAUAUACGGGGUCAGUCAUAAAUGUACUAAACUUAUAACCAGUGGUUGGAAUUAUAAAAUUAUUAAUGUGUUUUAAAAUAAUAGUGCAUAAAAUGUUGGCGGCACGUGUAUAAUAAGAAUAAAAAAUAAUAUUGACAUAGUUUAUAAAUUGCGAAGCGCCUGAAAUAUUUACAUAGCAAUCAUUAUUAGUAUUACAUAUUUUUGCUAAUAGAAAUUUACAGGCGUACACACCAUUGUUAGUAGUGAUGAUGCUGCAGAAUAUUCUCUAAUUUAUAAAUGGUCCCGUACCAACUAUGACAUACGUAUUUCAUUAUUGAUUUACGCAUCAAUCUUUCCUUCUCUCUCUGGACACAUCACAUAUUUUGCUAUUUUACACUAGUGAACUAACAAUUUAAU